AUGUAUGGUGGCGAUGUUGAAAUGGACGAAGUGGAGUCGUUGCGCAAGGAUAUUCAAGAAAGGAUGAUGCGUAGUCAGGAUUGGGAUAGGCUUAUGCGAGCUCUCCGUGUGCAUUUGCAUGAGCGAGGGUGGUAUGACGAGGUUACUAAUAUGGCACAGGUAAUGACCACUCCCAACCCCAAAGCGUACCAUUAUGCGAAAGAAAUCGAAGGGGCACUAUGUCGUGGAGCCUGGCUCGAGUCGACGCCAAUCAAGGACUACAAGGGUUAUGCCAUAAGCUGGGAAGAAACGUUUCGAAAAUUCAAGAAACAUUGUCCAGGUCAUGACGCAUAUGCGACUGUCGCGGUACAGACCCAGACGUUGGCUACGCUGUUGUUGAGACCUGAGCCUUCGUCGAAUGAUGGACCUCCACAAGUUAAACUUACACCAGAGGGAUUGGAUGGAGAUUCAGAUACAGCCGGAGCGCCGUUCUCGCUAAACAUGUGGCCAGAAUGCCUUAUUCCCGAAGACAAGCGAGAAGAGGCCCGUAUGGCACUUGUUGCGUUGACAGGAGAGGAUGAAAAGGUCAAAGAUACAUGGAGCACAACUGUACUACGCGCAUUCUUUGCCUUUACGCUCGACAGACCUCAACGCGCGUUGACCAUCUUGAACACCGUUAGUCUCGAAGGCGGCGUCCCUGAUCCUAUUUACGCACAAUACGAACCUGUCUCUCAAACCUCUUCUCAUUUCGCCCCCAGUACUGCCCUAAGUACAGCCUCGACGGCCCACACAGGAAACCAAGGCUCGGCACUCCAUACCAUCUUGUCUCGCACUGGGAGUAUCGCAGGUGUACCACUGGGCCAGCGCGCAACUUUUACCUGGGGUGCUGUAGAACACAUUCGAACGCGAUGUGUGCAGGGCAUGUCACAUGAGAGGUUGAUGGACGGAGAUGCGGCUAUCGCGGCCUACGAAGCUGCUCUACCUUUGAUUGUGUCCUUUAAUCCUAAACCAGGCGAGCAAGGGUUGUUCGAGACGAGACGAGAACUAUGGCGAUGGGUCGAGAUGUUGUUGUAUCGAGCAAGCAUCGUAUCUGCCAUUUAUCAAACCCCCGACGACGCACUCAAGUUUCUACGGGUCUAUAGCGUAUUCUCAUCUGUCUGGCCGGCUACAUUCAGGCCCAACCACCGCGCUACGCUCUAUACCCUAUACAUUCGCACACUCUGUAUCUCCGAUACGCGAGGAACCCUAACGUGGCGAGACGAAGCCCGCAAAAUUGUCUCCGAAGCGCGCGUGGUGCUAAAUUCGACGACCAUCUUCCCCCGCGCAGGAAAGAUAAACCACAAAGUGCUGGAUUUUGCGGAUGGAGUCGUGGCAUUAUGGGAAGCUGGAGGUGAACUUGAAGACGCCGGUUGGACUCUAUGGUGGACGACGCGCCUUACCUUCCAUUCGUAUCGCGUCAUGCGGCACUUGGCCCGUCUUUUAUUCUCGGUGCCCGAUUCGGAUAUGAAUAUCGCUCGUCGUGUGUUCCAGCAAUACGUUCGAUUGGUUCGACAAGCUCGCCGAACCGCACCGGGGGAUGUUGAUUUGCAACUUAAACGGCGGCCCGCCGAUGAACCUGCCCAACACCCGAAAGAGAUUGCUGAAAAAGAGGCGGAAGAAAGCCAUGAGCUUGAGGCUUUGGGGUUGAAGGAAAGUAAAGGUCGAAAGAGCAUCGAGGAGAACGCGAGGGAGGUGGAAAAGAUUCGACAAGGGGACGUGGAUGAUCCACCCGUGUUUGUGGAUGCCCUCGUGCGGGGUGCGAGAAUGCUCGUGAGGGUGGUUGAAGAGUCGGAUGUGGAAGAUGCGUUAUCCGAGGCGAGAGAUACGGUGGAUUUGGCGAUGGAGAUCAUUGACGAUGAGAAAUCUGGGCUCAAGCAUGAUGUUGCUAUCAAGGCUAGGGUGUAUAGGGUUGCUGGGAUCGUAGAGGCCUUGACCGCUGCUAGGGAAAUCGACCCAACAAGUCGCCCAAAUAGACAAGCUACGGCCCUCAAGCACCUUACAGUCGCAGCUACACUCGAUCCCACAUCUGCAGACACGUACUAUCACCUCGCAUUCGUCCAAGCCGAAGCGCGUGCAACGGGUGAUGCAAUCCUCAGCGCACGACAAGCUGUCGAACGUGCACCCCAAGAUGUCCGAUGCUGGCAUUUGCUCGGUCUACUCCUCACCGCGACGGAAGAUUGGGCCGGAGCUCGCGCGGUUAUCGAAAUCGGUAUCGCGAAUUCGGAACAACUCCAGGACGAACUCGGUCAGCAUCCCGUUGGACAUGGAACGGGAUUGAGCGCGCCCGAAGAGGGUGUUGUAGUUAAGGAUUUCGGGACCGAGGACGUUAGGUCCAGUUCACCCCAGGGGAUACCGUUGGGCCCUGGGAGCAACCUACCCACGAUUGUUCCCCCUACGGGUAUCCUACCUCCGUCUCGGACUUUGCUUUCAUUAUUUGCCCGUCCGGGAAGUGAUCCCGACGCAAACCCGUCUCGCCUACGCCUAUUUACUGCCGCCACCCAGAUUCGGCUGACGCAUAUGGCGAUUGUGGAGCGGAUCGAGGGGCCGGAUGGGGCUGCUGGGAUGUGGCCCGGAGUAUUUGCUUGGUAUGCGGCUAACGCGCCAAGCGCUAUUCCGGCCAUUAGUUCUGGGGCAAGCACUCACACCGGUUCGGUGGACCAUACCGAGCAUGAAGGCAGUAUACCACGAAUGGAAAUUUUGCCCGCGUCGCCUACCGAGUAUGACUAUACGAUCACCCAUCCUGAGGAGCGUGAAAAAGACAAGGAUAAAGAAAAGAGUGGGAAGCAUUUGGAUUUGCAUAAAAAGCUGCUAAGCAAGAGUCACCGGCAUGUUCAUGAGCUUUCGAGAAAGAUUAAUCCCAGGGCACGCAGGCGGAUGAGUGCGGCUUCGGGAACUGGGCCUGGAUCCAUGUCUGAUGCGUAUCAAGCGAGCUCCAUCCAUUCGAGACAUCUGCAUCGUAGAUCGUCACCUGCAACAUCUUCAUACCUUGAGGGAGAUACCGAUUUCGACCCGUUGGGUAUGAGCUCUACCACUACAUCAUCGGGGAUAACAGGAACAGACGCGUCCACGAGCGGGACAGCGCGCACGACCACCUCGGUUGGGUCCGAGAUGACAGUAACUAAUCCCCUGGUCUCUUCAUCCCGUGCUGAAGCCCUUGAACGUCGGCUACUGUCUGAUAUUUGGCUUGCAUCCGCUGCAACGUUCCGACGUUCCAGCCGGCCCAACGAGUCUCAAGCGGCGAUUGCCGAAGCCGAAUGGUUAGACGAAGCCAAUCCUGCCGUAUGGGUCCAAUUUGGAUUAUACCUCGGAGCGGGAGCAUUGGACCGUGCGAUCGAGUCAUUGCACAAGGCACUCGUAAUCGAACCCGAAUACGUCCCAGCUGUCGUGCACCUCUCUCAACUGUACCUCGGGACUGAAAAUGGGGCGGACAUGGCUGUCGGUAUGCUAAACCAAACGACUCAAGGCGCUGGGUGGGACGCGGCCGAAGCGUGGUACCUCCUUGGACGAGCUUGUGGGAUGCAAGGUCGACGAGAACGACAACGCGCGUGUUUAGCUCAUGCACUCCGACUCGAACAGAGCAAACCGGUUAGGAGUGUUAGAAGCGUGCUACCCCGGUGCCUGUAG